AUGGACGACAUAGACGCCAUGUUCAGCGACCUGCUGGGGGAGAUAGACCUCCUCACACAGAGUCUUGGCGAAAACACAGACCCGCCGCCUCCCCCCGUCCCCAGGGCAGACUCGGCCGUCAACCUCUCCAUCGGCUUCACUGACCUCAACGAAUCUCUGAACGAGCUGGAGGACAAUGACCUGGACGCGCUCAUGAACGACCUGAUGGCGGACCUCAACGCCUCGGAGGAGAAGCUGGCGGCGGAGAUCGAAGGUCUGAAGGAUCCGUCGGCACCGAAACCAGAUCCACCAAAACCUGCCACCUCUGCCCCCAGCCCCCGGCUCCCCUCUCGGACACCCUCCCUCCCCUCACCCCCCUCCCCACAGAGCACCAGCAGCACCGUGACCUCCCCUUCCUCCUCCUGCACCUCCCCCAGACCUCCCCCGCAGUCUUCCAAGCCCAGCAAGGAAGAGAUCGAGGCCCAGAUGAAGGCCGACAAGAUCAAGCUAGCUCUGGAGAAGCUGAAGGAGGCUAAAGUGAAGAAGCUGGUGGUGAAGGUGUUGAUGAACGACGGCAGCUCCAAGACCCUGAUGGUGGACGAGAGGCAGAACGCUCGGGAAGUCCUGGAGAACAUGUUCGAGAAGACCCACUGUGACUGCAACGUGGACUGGAGCCUGUGCGAGACCAACCACGAGCUGAACCUGGAGCGUCUGUUCGAGGACCAGGAGAACAUGGUGGAGCCGCUGUUGGCCUGGACCCGCGACACCGAGAACCAGGUCCUGUUCAAAGAGAUGCCCGAGAAGUACGAGGUGUUCAAGAACCCGCAGAACUUCUAUCUCUGGAAAAAGGAUCGAAAAACGCUCAAAGACAUGAAAGACAAGGACAAGGAGAUACUGAUAAAAGAGAACUUCUGUGGCACCUCCAUCAUCGUCCCGGAUCUGGAGGGGGUUCUGCACCUCAAAGAAGACGGCAAGAAGUCCUGGAAGCAGCGCCUGUUUCAGCUCAGGGCCUCGGGGAUUUACUACGUGCCCAAAGGGAAGACCAAGUCCUCCCGUGACCUCGUCUGCUUCGUGCAAUUUGACAACGUGAACGUGUACUACGGUCAGGACUUUAAGAACAAAUACAAGGCGCCCACAGACUUCUGCUUUGUUCUCAAGCACCCGCAGAUCCAGAAAGACUCGCAGUACAUUAAAUAUGUUUGUUGUGACGACGAGCGGACGCUGAGGCUGUGGGUGACCGGGAUCCGGAUAGCAAAGUACGGAAAAACUUUGUAUGAAAACUUCCAAACGUCUGCGAAGAAGGCCUCGCUCAGCGCCAUGUUCUCCAGCUCCAACCAAUCCACCCCCUCCCCCACUAUCAAAGCUAAAUCCCCGAGCCAGGCCAAUGGUCACGCCCCUCCCCCCCCAGGACCCAUCCCUCAGGACUUUGGAGGUAUUCCACCCCCACCUCCUCCCCCUCCUCCCCCUCCUCCCCCAGCCACCGUUCACCCCUUCCCUCUCCUCCCGUCUGGCCCUGCACCAUCACCUCCUCCACCUCCUCCUCCUCUGGCCGCUAAGAGCUCUGCCAAACUCCCCUCUAAGCACCGCUCGCCCUCCAACCGACUUCCUGCACCACCCUCCUCCGUGGACCCCCUGCCUCCUCCGCCACCGCCUCCCCCCAACGAGGAGGCCCCACCGGACUUCUUACCACCUCCUCCACCGGCAGCAAGUUUCCCUCCACCUCCAGCACUGAGCUCCAUGCCUCUCCCGCCUCCUCCAGCACUGAGCUCCAUGCCUCUCCCACCUCCUCCAGCACUGAGCUCCAUGCCUCUCCCGCCUCCUCCAGCACUGAGCUCCAUGCCUCUCCCACCUCCUCCCCCAGCAUUCAACCUGCCGCCUCCACCCCCGGACCCCUGCUUCCCAGCUCCUCCUCCGCAGGUUUUCUCUGGGGCAGGGGGACCACCUCCUCCUCCACCUCCACCUCCUCCACCUCCAGCCUCGCUCGGUCCCGUAGCUGGACCAAAACUGGCGGUGCGUACUGCUGGGUCCCUGAAGAAGACUCCGCCUGCACCGCCAAAGAGGAUAACACCGUCGCUGCAUGGAGGAGGAGGAGGAGGAGGAGGAGGGGACUUCAUGUCAGAACUGAUGCUGGCCAUGAGGAAAAAACAAGGAAAUUAA